CACCACGUGACCUAGUUUACCUGCAUUUACAAAUCUGUCGGAAUUAUUACAGAUAAUUUUUGUGUUCAUUAUUGUAUCAAUCAACUAUGGCAACCAAAGGAUCAGAACAACCGCCUGAUUAUUCUGCAAGCAACCAGGGAUUCACCCAACCCGGACAAUCUCAAGGUCAACCACAACAGGGGUUCACUCAACCAGGACAACCCUACGGACAGCCCUAUGGACAGCCAUAUGGUCAACCUUACGGACAACAGGGGUAUGGACAACAGGGGUAUGGACAACAACAUUCUAACACAGUGGUGGUCUCCGGUGGUUAUCCAGUUUCUAAUGUCGUAGUAACAUCUCGUCCUAGCGACUACUUGGGUUUCGCCAUUUUCACAUGUAUUUGUUGCUUCUGGCCCACUGGUAUUGCUGCUAUUGUGUUUGCCUGCAGCUCCCAAUCGUCCAGUGAUAGACAGGAUUAUGCAAAAGCUCAAGAAGAAGGAAACCUGGCCAAAAUUUUCUCUAUAAUAAGUUUGGUGAUUGGUAUUAUCUGGAUUAUUGCUGUUAUAAUCUACGUAAUUGUGGUGUUCGUGGUAUUUGCCUCUGCUUUGAGAGGGUAUCAAUACGAUUAACAGAGUUCUAUUCGACGAUGCACAUAAUAAAAAAAAAAACAUUUAAAAUCUAAAAUUGUAAUUCAAGAGCCAAAAUCAUUGUUAUUUGUUGGUUAUAUAUUAUUAAUUUGCAUCCGGGACAGUUCAAAACAUAAACACGACCUUAAUUUAGGUAGUGUUAGUAACAAUGGCGUUGCGAUAUCCUUAGAUUUCCCUUUUUAUACAUGGAAUUUAAAGGGAUACAAAAUUUUAAAUUUUAGAAUCUCGUAUCUUAAAGUUCAUUGGUCAUUGGUCACUUUCUCAAAAUUUUACCGACCGCCCGAUUGUGUAAAAGGGGUAGGGUCCAUUUAGAAGAAAAUUCGUACAAUCGAAUUCAUUUAAGGCAUUUAUUUCAACACACGUCAAAGAUCUUUUACAAAGAAUUUCAAAAAGAAGCUCAGAUUUUGAAAGUAACUUUCCUUUUUACUCUUAUUCUAAUUUAAUAUUUUUUGCUUUCUAACUCUCUCAAAAUGCUUGAAGUUUUAUAUUAUAUUUAAUAUUUUCAAAAUAUGUAUUUUGUUAAUUUAAAAAAUUACUAUAAAUUU